GUUAGUGCAGCUGUAGUAUUUACAGCCCCGCUGCCCUUCCCACAAGAAUGCAGUUAUUGUCAUUUACAUUAUUUUCCAAAAGGUUGCUUUAUAGCAACAACUCCGUUUAUGUAAUCCUGCUGUGACUGUCUCUGUCGUAGUAUUUGCAUUAGUGUCGUGCAGCGAGCAGAGGAAAGAGUGCGCGCUUCAGUCACGCGAGUAAUGCCGUCUACGAUGGAGGGCUCUUCGGGGGAAGGUGACCUGUUUACCGUCAAACACGAGCUCAGAAACGCCAAUCUGACGGGUCACGUGGAGCGAGUGGGCAUUGAGAACUUUGAGCUGCUGAAAGUGCUGGGAACAGGAGCCUACGGCAAGGUGUUCUUGGUUCGCAAGGUGAGCGGCCAUGAUUCAGGUAAACUCUAUGCCAUGAAGGUGUUGAAAAAGGCCACUAUUGUGCAGAAGGCGAAGACGGCAGAGCACACACGUACAGAGAGACAGGUCCUCGAGCAUAUCAGACAGUCUCCUUUCCUGGUUACACUCCAUUAUGCCUUCCAGACAGACACCAAACUGCAUCUCAUUCUAGACUAUGUGAACGGAGGUGAGCUCUUCACACACUUGGUCCAAAGAGUUCGCUUUAAAGAACAAGAGGUUACCUUGUACAGCGGGGAGAUUGUACUAGCACUGGAGCACUUGCAUAAGCUGGGAAUCGUCUACAGAGACCUAAAACUUGAGAAUAUACUUCUUGAUUCAAACGGCCACAUCGUGUUGACGGACUUUGGCCUUAGUAAGGAGUUCCAUGAGGUAGAGAGGGCUUAUUCCAUCUGUGGCACUAUUGAGUACAUGGCUCCUGAGAUUGUAGCAGGAGGAGAGUCAGGACAUGACAAGGCGGUGGACUGGUGGAGUAUGGGAGUUCUGAUGUAUGAGCUGUUGACCGGAGGCUCUCCUUUCACUGUCGAUGGCGAUGAGAACUCUCAUUCUGACAUUGCCGAAAGAAUUAUGAAAAAGGAUCCUCCAUUCCCUAAAGACAUGGGGCCUCUAGCCAAAGACAUUAUCCAACGAUUGCUAAUAAAAGACCCAAAGAAGAGGCUGGGCUCCGGGCCCUCAGGGGCCCAGAAUGUGAAAAGCCAUCCAUUUUACCAGAAAAUGAACUGGGAGGAUCUAGCUGCUAAGAAGGUUCCGGCUCCAUUUAAGCCUGUAAUUCGUGAUGAGCUGGAUGUUAGCAACUUUGCUGAGGAGUUUACAGAGAUGGACCCAACAUACUCCCCAGCGGCACUUCCAAACAACUGUGACCGCAUCUUCCAGGGCUAUUCCUUCAUGGCUCCCUCCAUCCUGUUUAAGAGGAACGCGGUGAUGGACGACCCAGCUCAGCUGUGCGGAGUGUCAGAGAGGCCGGGCUCCACCGCUGUUGCCCGUAGCUCUAUGAUGAAGGACUCUCCGUUCUACAUGAACUAUGAGAUGGACCUGAGGGAGAACGCUCUGGGAGAGGGAAGCUUCUCCAUCUGCAGACAGUGCACUCACAAAAAGACUGGACAGAAAUACGCUGUAAAGAUCGUCAGUAAAAGAAUGGAGGCACAGACACAGAAAGAGAUCGCUGCUCUCAAACUGUGUGAUGGACACCCCAACAUAGUCAAGCUACAUGAGAUCUACCACGACCAGCUACACACAUAUCUUGUUCUGGAGCUCCUGCAAGGUGGAGAGCUGCUGGAGAGGAUCAGAAGGAAGCAGCACUUCAGCGAGACGGAGGCCAGCCGCAUCAUGCGCAGACUGGUGUCUGCCGUCAGCCACAUGCAUGAUGUUGGUGUGGUGCACAGGGACCUCAAACCAGAGAAUUUGCUCUUCACUGAUGACACUGAGAAUUCAGAGAUAAAAGUUAUUGACUUUGGCUUUGCACGGCUCAAACCCCUUGACAAUCAGCUCCUGAAGACCCCCUGCUUCACUCUUCAGUACGCUGCACCGGAAAUCCUCAAAUACGACGGUUACGAUGAGUCCUGUGACCUCUGGAGUUUAGGAGUCAUUUUGUACACCAUGCUAUCUGGCCAGGUCCCAUUUCAGUGCCAUGGGAAGAGUCUAAUGCACACAAGUGCAGAAGAGAUUAUGAGGAAGAUCAAACAAGGAGACUUCUCUUUCGAAGGUGAAGCCUGGAGGAAUGUGUCCAAUCAGGCCAAAGAUCUUAUACAAGAGCUGCUGACGGUGGACCCUGACAAGCGGAUAAAAAUGUGUGGCCUACGCUAUAAUGCCUGGCUGCAGGAUGACAGUCAGCUCUCUUCCAACCCUCUUAUGACCCCUGACAUCCUGGGAUCUUCUACCAUAUCAGUGCACACCUGUGUCAAAGCCACCUUCAAUGCCUUUAAUAAGUGUAAGCGGGAGGGCUUCCGACUCCAGACAGUUGACAAGGCUCCUUUGGCCAAACGCAGAAAGAUGAAGAAGACCAGCACCAGCACAGAGACCCGCAGCAGCUCCAGCGAGAGCACACACUCAUCAUCCUCUUCCUCCCAGUCUCAGGAUAAGACGCCACCAGGUGGAGAGAUGGCCAUUAUUCCCCAGGCCUCUGUGAGCACACCUCUCACUCUGGGCCCUGACGAUGAGCCCUCUCAGGGCAAACCCCAGCCUGCCUUCACAUUUACGGAGUAAACCCGUCUGAGAGUCGGACAACAGGAUAGGUUACGUAAUUAGGAUACAUAAUUAUCCCACCGUUCUUUCUCCUCACACUCUGGCAAGGCCGUACAACUCCAGAAUUUGCAUGCGGGGACCAACUCAAAUCCAUCACUAGCAAUAGAUGCAUACCAUGAGUGCUGAAUACUGAGCUUGAGUGAACUUCUGGCUCAAGUCCUGCAUGGCGAAACCUCACUGCAUCCAGUCCAGUGUCUCAAACAGGAGGGUGAACUUCACUUUUGGGAGCAUCAAACCUUCCAGUGAUGAUGAAAAAAGGAAAGUCUGCUUCUGCAGUGUCCUGAAAGACCAGGCACUUUGCUUUGGGCAAAAAAAGGAAAGGGAUAUGUAUUUUAAAAGAAUAUAAAUAGAAUUUAUUAAAUUUAAUACAAUUUAGUUUAUACAGACUCAAGUUUGGUAUAUGAUACAUAUUUGGUAUAUACCAAUUUGUCAAAUAUGACCGCUCUAUUUGUGCUGGGAGCUUUGUGGUAUUGAUUCACAUAUGUAAUUUCGAUCUUUGACUUCUUCCAAAAGAUUUUACUGAAGUAGCAACAAUUAGGUGUUAAUAGUUUCCAUGGAAGCAUUUCAUUGUAAAAUUCUUGUUAGUUACCCUUGGCAAGGUAAAAAAAGACGGCUUGUUUCAUAUUUACAUGUUAUUUGACAUUUCUGUUGAGAUCCUUUCCUCAGGUUAUUUAUUUGUUCUUUUAAACUUGAAUUCAUUUUUUAAGAGACUGAAGGUGCAGUCACAUUUACUCUUGAUCCAAGAAAUUUUGUGGGUGAAAUCCAGUUAUAUCAAUAGGAAUCUGCGCAUUUAGAAAUUUUGCAGAGGUGCGAAACAUUUCUACAGGCAGAUUUUGCAUCAGGUUCUGUUUUUUCACACAAAUUUGAUGACCAGAAGAUGUUUGGUUUGAAAGUGACUUCUUUGUGAGUAUUGCUUUGUGCAUUGCUAAUAUCUUCAGUAGACAAUGGAAGUUUUUUGGUUUAUCACUGAAAUUUCACUAAUGUGACCAUGUCUUAAAUGGGAGAACUCUAGAGGUGUUGCUUUGGGUGUUGUUUUACCUCAAAGUUUUAAGCCUGAGUGUAAGUUCAAGCUGAGAAUGAAUCUGCUUCGUUUAAGUCAAUGUGAAAUCAAAAGUCAUUUUAAAUUUUUAAUGCACCAGAUUCUAUUGUACACAGUGACAAACCAAAAUGAAACUCUUUAUUUUCGAUCACAUAGGCCUCUCGGGCUAUUGGAUAAUGCUAACCGGUAGCUAAAUGGCUCUUUUGCCACAGUUUUAGCAAACUUGCUUUCAAUCUGGCUGCAUUCUGCUCUGUAAUGCUGCCACUUUUCAUGAUCCAAUCAGUUUCUGAUGGAUAGACUGAAGUCCCUCCCUACAUUUUUGUCUUGUUAUACUGUGUUUUAUUAGAGAAUGCAUCACAUGAGAGAAAGAAAAUGGGUUUUGAUUCAUGCUGGCUUUAAGCGUCUGCAAAGCCUAAUGACACACUUAUCUUAAAGAAGAUAACCAUGACUGCAGGGCCACAUUUUAGCCCGAAAUGAAGUUAUACGCCAGCUAAAAGACAUCUGUGGUUUCCUGUUUGUUGGUGGCAUGUUGUGUUUUUGGCCCUGUGUUAGAUUAAUGAUGCUUAAAGAUGUGCUGCGGCAGAGUCUGUGGUGUUUAAAAUGAUGAGCUUGCAUUUUUUCUUCUUAGCAUCAUCUGUUUCACAAGCCUUGGCGGUUUUGUGACAAUGAAGUGCAAUGUUGCAGGACUUAAGUUCAUAUUUUCAAGAGCUUUUGGACUCAGCCUGGACUCUUGAGUCCAAAUCCUAGUCUUGUCUGGGCUUGAGUACUACACUCAUAAAAAUAAAAAGGAUUCCAAAAGUUUUUUUUCCUCUGUUCUAUGGUAGCAAUGCCAUAGAGGAACCAUUUUGGAUUCUUUCAGUGAAGAGUUCCUAAUAUAAUAUGUUUCUUUUCGAAGUGUGAAGAACAUUUAAUAAUCUGAAAAACCUUUUUCCACUUGGUUUCAUGGUUGUUAAAGGUUUCUCGAUGAACCAUUGAUGCCAAUACAGAACCAUUCAUUUUAAGAGUGUGCAACACUCUUAUGUGGUUCUCGGUGUUUGUGUUUUCUAGCUGGUGGUGGCAUUUUUACAGUUGAAAGGAUUGGUUUUAUCUUUAGCCUGAGCGACCAUCUGUAUUAUUCAGAGCAUUGUGCUGUGAUGGCUGACAUGGUAGUAUUCAUAUCUUUCAGGCAUUACAAAACUAUUUGAAAGGCACUUGAACUCCUACAUUGCUAUGCAAAAGUUAUUUUCUUCCUUUCCUCUUAUGUUUCUGUUCAUAUCCUGAAAGACCUUUAUGCAUUAGAAAAUACUGAAUCUAAACAGUGCCUCAUCAGUGCUAACAUGACUGCCAUUUUUAGGGACAGACGCGAAGGCUCUGGUCUCUAAGUAAAUCAUGCAUUCCACUUCCUGUGCACUAAUCGAGAUGAGACAUCCCAUCAUUGAGCUUUUAAAUAGCGAGGGCUGGAUUGGGACCCAGCGGCGGGUACGCACGCACGCACGAACGCACACACACACAUCAAACAUACAUAAACUGGUGCUCCUGCCCACUCGAACCCGGGCAAAGGACAAGAGCAAUAAGAGCAGCAGGAGCUCAGCUUACUUUCAUGUGUCUGAAAGCCGCUGCGUUCGGCCUUUCCCCAUCACUGUUCUCCCUGAAGCUCCCUCAUUACUGCCGCCUCCUUUUGUUUGGGUGUAUUAAUAGAACGGGAAUGAGGGAAGGCAGAGAGAGUCCUACAUUGAACUCUCCUUGGGGACUGAGGCUUUAUUGGAUGGUUUGACGUGCUGCUGUUUGUCCCACUGGCUCCCUGUGUCCAAUCGCACAGACAUGGAGCUUGUUUAAAGGUUUGAUACGUUUUUAGGGGUUUUCCCUCUUGUUUUAGCUAGCUGAUAUGAGAUUAAAGGCCAGACGUGGGUUUUCAUUUAGCGUUUAUAGAAGCGUAGUGAGCAUCGGCCCUUAAACUGAACGCACUCCUUUGAUCUGUGCUCUCCAUUUUUGUUUGCCCUAUUUCAGUGCUCUUGGGUGCUUGUAAAUUGUGUUGUCUACUUGUGAAAUGUAACCGAGGGGCCCCAUGCGCUUGUAUCUGUGGUAGCGCCGGGUGUGAGUGGCUCAUCUGCUUGUGGAGAUGGGCUGAUUAGACUUUUUAAGAUAUACCUUGUUUUUAAAGGGGCUGUGGAUUUGAAGUUGGAGAGUUGAGUUCACCCAAAAUGAAAAUUCUGUCAUUUAAUCAUCCUCCAAAGUUGUUCCAAACUUGUACAAGUGUCUUUAUUCUGUUGAGCGUAAAAGAUAUUUUGAAGAAUACUGGUAACCAAACAUUUGAUGGUAGCCAUUGGCUUAUAUAGUAUGGGAAUAAAUGCUAUAGAAGUCAUUGGCUACCAUCAACUUUUUGGUUACCAACUUUCUUCAAAAUAUCUUCUAUGUGUUCAACAGAUGAAAGAAACUCAGACAGGUUUGGAACAAGUGCAGGGUGAAGACAUGAUGACAGAAUUUUCACUUUAAUGUUGGAAUAUACUAUAAAUGGAUUUGUUUAAUUGCAUGGAAACUUGUUCCCGUUCUGUUUCAUGGUAUCUUUAGUAGAAUUGCCUUGUUCUAGAGGUGGCUAUGCUUUAGAUGUUAAAGUCAAACUUUGAAAGUUCAAAACUGUUAUUUGAAACUUAAAAAAAGCAAGUAGCCUGUACAUUUUUACAUUGACUAAAAAAAGUGGCUUAGGGUAGUUGACAAAUAACAUGAUCAAGAACUUUUUGUUUUUUCAGCAUAAAAAUUUUAGGUUAAAAUUUCAAAUUUUGAUAUGUAUAUCAGUGGUUCUAAAACCAGGCGUGGAAAAGUCAUGUCAAUUAAGAACAUUUUAUAACUCCAUGGGCAUUUUAAUAAUAAAAUUCAAAAUAUUUUAUCUGCUAAAAAAUGAGUACAAGUAUUUUUAAAAAUCCUUUUCCUUGAUCAAGCAUGAACAGCUGGAAAGGUCAUGGGGCCUUAAAUUGUUGUGGACAUUUGGGGGUCUUGGAGUCAAGAAUCUUGAGAAUAACAUUGACUGUAUUGUAUAUUAAUUAUAUCAAAUUAUUUCAAGAUUCUUUUCCCUGUUCACUUCAGUAGUACUGCAAAUUAUUUUUAAAGUACAAAAUGAGCAUGUAAUGAAGAUUUUUCAAAAAAACAAUGUUGUUUAAAAUAGUUUUAGAUUAUGUGUAGCACAUCACACUGCGGAGCACUGAUGUCAGUGCAUGAAAUAUUUCAGCUACCCAAAUACAACUUUCUACUUGUCAACAUACACUACCAUUCAGGGUGAGUAAGAUAUAUAUGACAGUUUUCACAAAAAUAUUAAGCAGCUCAACCUAUUUCAACACUGAUAAUAAUAAGAAAUAGGGCUGGGUAAAAAAAUAUUGAUUUCUCGACUUCAACCAAUUCUCAUUUUUAUGAAACAAUGCUGAUUCUUAAAUCCCAAGAAUCGAUUAGUCUUUCCUGUUUUCAUUUAAUAAAUGGAACUUUUGAUAUGAAACAAAGUCUCAGAUUUCAAAUUCUGUCCAUUUUAUUACAAUAUACAAAAAAUAAAUACUGUUUGGUGCUGUUUAAUGUGGAGUGAUCAUCUCCUCUGCUUUAACCUGUUACAGCACAAAAUAAACAUGAAUGAACAUCUGAAGGUAUGUUAAAAGAAACAGUACAACUUACUGAAAUCUGUAUGUAAUCGCUCAACCUCGAAAAGACGUCAGUAUAACAGCUUGUAAACAAUGUCACGUAACGUCACAUUUAACUCAGAAAAACAUAUUCGGUCACCACAAACUCGUUAGUCAUCUGGAAAAAUUAUCUCUAUAGAGGAACAUUUCCCUAAAUAUAUGCACCAUAUAACAUAAUCAUGAUCAUUUUUAUUAUUAUGAAUUAAUAUUUAAUUUAUGUUUGAUUAGCUAAAUCCAUGAAAGUUAUGACAACUACCAUUUAAAUGUGUAUAUUUCAAAAAACGAUUUGGAGUGGAAAUAUAAUUAUGUAAUUGUAAAGUUAGUGGUAAAACCUUAUUAUUAUAAAAACUUAAAUUUAAGUGUUUGUAAACAAAUAAGUUAAUUUUAACCCCAAUAUUAUAAUAUACCACCAGCUGACUCUCAUGUAGAUUAGUUGAGAGAUUUUCCUUGAGAAAAUUAGCCAAAUAUUAUACCUGAUAUUUAUCCAAAAUAAGCGAUAUUGAAUCCAAUCCAAUCAGAAUCGAUUCGAAUCGCAAGCUUGUGAAUAGAAAGCAAAUGGAAUCAUGAAAUUUCCAAUACCCAGCCCUAAUAAGAUAUGUUUAUUAAGCAGCAAAUCAACAUAUUAGAAUGAGUUCUGAAGGAUCAUGUGACACUGAAAGCUGGAGUAAUGGAUUCUGAAAAUUCAGCUUUGCCAUCACUGAAAUUUAUUCCAUUUUAAAAAAUAUUCAAAUAGAAAUCUUGCUUUAAAUGUUAAGAAUAUUUAACAUAUUUUGCAUAAAAAUCUUACUAACCCCAAACUUUUGAAUGGUAGUGUAUAUAGCCAGCCGUAUUGGCUGUAUGCCUGUAAUUGAAUUUUUGGCUAAUGUGACUGGACAAACAAUAAUUUUUUGAAGUUUGUUGUCCCUUGCACAAAGCUUUUAUUCAACAGCCUUGAAGUUGCAUUAAAUAUUUAUACAGUGUUGGAAAAUAGCUUUCGACAGUUUUAAACAGAUUACGUAACAUUUUGAAUGGAUUACGUAAAAUGAAAACAGACUCUGUACAUUGUUUUGAUGGAAGUGUCUCCUCCGACGAACACUGUCCUGUUUCCUUUCUGAAAGUAUCCAUGCAUGCGAUGCCUUGGAUGUUUGAGUCUCCGCUCAAUCUGAAUCUAUAGAAAGGGGGUUUUAUAAUUGAAUAAAUUACAUAUCUGUUUUAUUUUACCAAAGUCGUCAUUUGUAGCAGUGAAACUUAAUGCAAAAUCACAGCCUUUUUCAACAUACACCAAGCUUUAAUUUUUUAAUAGUAAAGUCUUUAAAAAUCAGUUGAUUUUGUUAGGUUUUUUUCCAUGUGCUUCCAUCUUCCAGCAGUUCCUGCUGUGAAGCACAUUUAUAAAUGUACUUCUGUUUGUUUUGAGUCAUAUUAAGCAGCAUAAAUUACUAGCACAAUCCUAUGAUUUCAUUUUAUUUUUUUCCCCCCCGUCUGACGUAGAAAUGGACCAUGUAUACCUUAACUGCACUUUCCACAAAGCCACCAAAAAAAAGCAUAAUGCAAAAUGUACAUCAUAUGCGUUCUUGCUGUCUAUGGGCUUAUGGGUUUGAUAAUGUAACUGUUAAUAAUAUUCGUCUGGUGUUGGAGCAAAUUCACAUAUUGUGAUCGUGAUGAUCUAAAAACAUCUAAAAUUGAAAUGUCUUGCAAAGCCGCUUAGUUUUGAAAUAUGUGUAUUUGCAUUUUAUUGUCCAGUUGGUCUAGCACAAGUUGCAUUAAAUUGCAAAGGGAAUUUUGGAUGUAAAGGGUUUUGUAAACAUUCAAAGGCUCUUUUUCUCCUGGUCUGCCACCAAGGGGCGCUGUUUACACAGUUUUAAGUUGUGUUGAUGGUCAUUGAUUAUGGGAUGUAUAUAAGAGCUUUUCUGGCUCUAGACUCUGUAUUAGUCUUCACUGUGCACUAGAUGUUUAAUAUUUAGCCAUUACAUGGAGAUAGAUUUCAACAUGAGAUUGAAUGGCUUAUCAUAAAAAAAUGGUGUUAUCUAGCUGGGCUAGAGUUUUUCCUCAUAUUAAUUAAUUUAAUAUAAUUAAAUUAUUAUUAAACUAUAACGCUUAAAAGCACUAAAAUAAAGUCAUAUUUACAGUGAGUUGUAAUGCUAUGUAUGUAUUUUGUAAGUGCUAAGCCAUAUACUUCACCACACAGUAUGACACUGAACCCUGUUGAUGUGUCCGUUGCUUUGUUUUCAAGAUUGUUCUUUUGAAAUAAUUGAACACAAUAUACGUGGAAAGAUCAUAUUUUCAAGGAUUGUGUGCUUCUAUCAGUCCAUUGUGUUGAUACAAAUGCGAAUUGGAGUGUCUUGCAUGAGUGUUUUAGUCUCAGAUGAGUUGAAUCAACUCUGUCUGUUUGAUGUCAGAAAGUAUGCUACUUUUAUUAACUGGUCUUGUUAGCAGCUGUUUUCCUGUUUGUUUUGUGAUUUCAAAAUAUGUUUGAGGUGUUUAUUAAAAAAAUUAAGGGCUUUAAAGUUUUGAAUACAUCUUAUUGAACAAGAGUAAUAUAAUUUAAAUUGUCACAAAUGGAAUAAAACCUCUAAAUUCACAAAAAUGCUCAUGUAUUGUGUGCAUUUAUUCUGACGUUUUGGUAGGAACAAAAACAGUUUUCUAUAUUUUCAGUUUAUAUUAUGUUCUGAGUGGCUGCCAUAAUGUUUUAUCCAAAUAUUCUUCAUUGAUUAAAGAAGAAAAAGAAAGAAAAAAAAAACA